AUGGCCUCCCUCAUCUCCCUUCUGCUUCUCCUCCUCUCCACCGCCCCCACCGAUGGCGGCGUCCACCACAACGAUCACCACGGCCACCGCUCUUCCCUCUCCAACCAUACAACCUCCGACGCGCCCUCUUCUCAGAUCCGCCAGGCGUGCAAGGCCACCCGCUUCCCGGAAGCCUGCGAGUCCACCCUCUCCCAUUCCCCGUUCCUCCCCCCCAACCCCUCCCCCUUCGACCUCAUCCUCGCCGCCGCCAACGCUUCCGCCGCCGGCAUCCAGACCGCCCGCUCCAUGCUCCAGUCCAUCCUCAACGCCUCCGAAAAUGCCUCUGACCACAACCGCACCAAGGCCGCCACCAGCUGCCUCGAGUUCCUCUCCUACUCCGACCGCCGCCUCUCCGCUGCCUUCUUCCGCGCCUUCCCCACCGGCGCCCUCGCCGACGCCCGCGCCUGGGCCAGCGCCGCCCUUCUCUACCAGUACGAAUGCUGGUCCGGCCUCAAGUACCUCAACGGAACCACCCAGGUUGCGGACGCCAUGGCCUUCCUCCCCAACCAGAGCAGCAACGCCGUUGGUAUGCUAGCCGCCCUCCAGCGCUACGGCGCCGACACCGCCCUCUGGGGCCCGCCCCAGACAGAGCGCGACGGCUACUGGGCCGACCACGAGGGAUCGUUCUCCUUCUCCGCCGCCGCCAGCGCCGGGACGAAGGACCCGAGCCCGGAUUUCAUGGUGUGCAAGGACGGGGGCUGCGGCUACCUCACGGUCCAGGCGGCGGUCGACCACGCGCCGGUAGGAUCGGCGGGACGGUUCGUGAUUUAUAUUAAGGCCGGGGUCUACGAGGAGACGAUUCGGGUGCCGUACGAUAAGACCAAUUUGGAAUUCGUCGGGGAUGGGAUGGGCAAAACCAUUAUUACGGGGUCUCUCAACGUCGGCAUGCUCGGUGUCAGCACCUACAACACGGCGACUGUCGGUGUCAGUGGCGACGGAUUCCGAGCCCGGAACCUGACCAUCGCCAACACGGCGGGCCCGGACGCCCACCAGGCCGUGGCCUUCCGCUCCGACAGCGACCUCUCCAUCCUCGACACCGUCGAACUCCUCGGCCACCAGGACACCCUCUACGCCCACUCCCUCCGCCAGCUCUACCGCAACUGCCGCAUCUCCGGCACAGUCGACUUCGUCUUCGGCAACUCCGCCGCCGUCUUCGAGAGCUGCCUCCUCCUCUUCCUCCCCCGCCAGCUCAACCCAGAGCACGGCGAGUCCAGCACUCUCUCCGCCCACGGCCGCACCGACCCCGUCCAAUCCACCGGCUUCGUCUUCCGCCGCUGCGUCGUCAACGGCAGCGACGAGUACGUCGCGCUGUACCGCCGGAAUCCCGCCGUCCACCGGGCCUACCUCGGGCGGCCGUGGAAGGAGUACUCGAGGACCGUGUUCGUCGAGACCUACAUGGAGGCCAUUGUAAGGGCGGAAGGGUGGCUGCCGUGGGACGGUGACUUCGCGCUCAACACGCUGUUCUACGGCGAGUUCGGGAGCUCGGGGCCUGGGGCGAACAUGUCGGCGAGGGUGCCGUGGAGCAGCCAGAUACCGGAGGAGCAUUUAUGUACCUACUCGCUGGACAAUUUUAUCCAGGGGAAUGAGUGGGUGUGCUCCAAUCAAACAGUAGGAGAAGUUAGCAGGCGAUAAUUUCGAAUUUAUGCAUGGUGAAUCGUCUUUAUAUUGUCGACAAAAGAAUAACAAAUAUGCUGGGCUC